AUGGGGAACAGUGGCUCGGCGGGGGAGGGGACGCCGCGACAACACAUCAACUGGCUGAGCCUGAGCCCGGACGGGCAGCGCCUGCUCACGGGUAGCGAGGAUGGCACUGCGCGGCUCUGGAGCACUGCCGACAGCCAGUGCCAUGGCCACUUCCAAGGACAUGAAAGUUACAUCACCUUUUGCCACUUGGAAAACGAGGCUGCCUUCACGUGUAGCGCAGAUCAUACCAUUCGAAAGUGGGAUGUGAUGACAGGUCAGUGCCUGGCCAUUUACCGAGGACACACAUCAAUUGUUAACAGGAUCCUGGUUGCCAAAGACUAUCUCUUCAGCGGCUCCUAUGACAGGACAGCCCGCUGUUGGAGUGUGGACAAAGAGAAACAAAUCCAGGAAUUCCGGGGCCAUCGGAACUGUGUCCUGACUCUAGCUCACUAUUCCUCCAGGGAUGUUCUUGAAGAAGAGGAGGAGGAAGAGGAGGAGGAGGAGAAAGUGAGCAGAGACCUUCUGGUGACAGGUAGCACAGACUGCACUGUUAAGGUCUGGUGGGUGUCCAGUGGGCGCUGUUACCAGACUCUGCUGGGACACACCGGGGCUGUCUUAUGCCUUAUACUUGACGCACCAAACAGGGAGCUGUUUUCUGGCAGCACGGAUUAUACCAUUCGAACAUGGAAUAUUGUCACUGGUGAGCAGCUGAAAGUGUUCAAAGAGCAUCAAGGAUCAGUAAUUUGUCUAGAGCUAGUGAAUCGGCACUUGUAUUCAGGAAGCGCGGACAGGACAGUGAAGUGCUGGUUAGUAGACACUGGGGAGCGAAUCCAAACGUACAAGGCUCACAAACACAGCGUUAGCACUUUGAAAUACCACGCUGGGAUCUUGUUCACAGGAAGUGGUGAUGCCUGUGCAAGAGCUUUCAAUUCCAAGAGUGGUGUCCUGCAGAAGAUCUUUCGAGGGCACAAGUUCAUCAUCAACUGCAUCCAG